AAGAAGAACGAAUUGGAUCGCGAGCAUCGACUCAGAGCCGUUCUCGAGACUGCUGCGGCCAACACCACAACACCACAAUUCGGCGCAAAUUCAGCGUACGGUAAUGAAGCGUACGGCUCGGAUAGCGAUCUCAAUAAGAAACCAAUAUUCGCCAUCGAUGAAAUGCGUGAGGCAAGCAGUGAUUCGGACGAUGACGAUACACUGAAUGUACGUGUAAUGCGUAAAAACGCUUGUGUACCUCCUCAUAACGUGAGCUUUUCAUUUUAG